GCCCCAUCCAGAGGGGUGGACACCCUCACAGCUUUAUCGUGCGGAGUGAGUGGAGCACUGGUCAAGGCUGGUGAAUAAGCUGCACCAGGAUGUCCAAACCAGCUCCAGCACCUGCCAAAAAGGUGGCCCCUCCCCCACCAGGAUGCACCAUUGAUAUCAAUGACCCCCAAAUUCAAGAGGCAGCUAUCCGCAUCCAGGCUUCCUACAGAGGUCACAGGUCUCGCAAGGAGAUGAGAGAAAAGGGUCCCCCCAAGAUCCUACAGGAGCUGAAAGAUGUGAUCUUGAUUGAGGGCAGUGCAGCCAAGCUGGAGUGCAGAGUGAGCGCCUUCCCUGACCCCUUCAUUGUCUGGUCCAAGGAUGGCAAGGAACUAAAGGAUGGUCCCAAGUACCGCUAUGUGUUUGAAGACCCAGAUGUAGUGGCACUUGUCGUGCGGGAUGGAGUGCUGAAUGACCUAGGCCGCUACACCGUCUCGGUCAAAAACACUUUUGGAGAGGCCUAUGAUUCAGCCCGAAUAAUAGUGGAAGUUCCUGCCAAGAUUGCCAAGGGUCCAGACAGCGUGAAGGUGAAGAAGGGAUCAACAGUAGUGUUGAAAGCAGAGAUCAGUGGGGACCCAGCUCCAGAUGUGGGCUGGGCAAAAGAUGGAGAGGACAUUGAGGAAGAUAACAGAGUAUUCUACGAAAUAGAGGACACCUCCACAACCCUGACAAUCAAAGAUGCACAGCCAUCAGAUGCAGGGAAAUACGAAAUAUUUGUUGAGAACAAUCUGGGUGUAGAUCAGUCCUUUGCCCGUGUGGACAUCAUCUGAGGAGGCUUUUUUCCUUGCCCUCUCUCUCCACACAGCAGCACUCCAUCUUACCUUCUGCCUGUAUCUUUUCCAGCUCCCUCUCAGGCUCAGUUUACCCCUCAUUUGACUUUCUUUAUGGGCACGUAUGUGCUCUUGUCUAUGGCAUAAUAACAAAGAAGAUCUUUCCAUACAGUGCACAAGUAACUAAAAGAAAUUACUAUAUAUUAAAUCACAUGACAUGGUGUUGUCUUCAGAAACUGUGUUUGAUUGAUUUCUCCCCAAAUAAGACAGUAUCUCCCUAGUGUUAUUGAUUGAUUGCUUGAAACUGUAGUUUGAAUUCGUCCUUUCUCCCACAGGAGUUUCUUCUGAUGUGCAUUUCACUAAGACAAUUUCAUUUUAGUUCUCCAUUUUAGACUGCCAUUUCCCUUAGUUUCCAACACUUAAAAGUUUAGAAAUGCACAUAAAUAAUCUUUUAACAACCUACCUGAAGACAGAGUUUAAUAAGUACCAUCAAUGCAACACUUUCUCUCUUGUCAUCAGAUUAAUUCACCUGUUUUAUUUAAUAAAAUAUUGAAUA